AGAAAAAAAACUAACCAACCACGACAAAACAAAAAUAAUAUAAAAGAGCAAAAGCCAUAAGGAUUUUUUUUGUUGUCUCUUUUAUUUUUAUUUUAUAUUUAUAUUCUGUUUGUAGGCGUUCGGACUUCGAGUUAUUGGGUUGACUCGGUUGGAGGUGUAAGGAUGGAGUAUCGCAUGUGUCUUGACAUCGAUUGUUGAAACGAGAAGAUAAACAUCUAUCUACAUAUAAAUAUAUACAAACAUACACUCGUGCUUGUUGUGUAUAGAUGUAUGUAUAUAAGUGUAUAGUUUGUGUGGAAAGAUAUUUUGAUAGAUAUAUAAAUACACAAGGCAUUUGAUUCUACCGAGAAAGACCUUCACGAUGACGACACUAAAAGUGACUGUAAUCAGCGCAGAUAAACUUCCCAGUGUGGAAACUUUCUUCAAGUUGGACCCUAUGUGUUACGUGAAAUUCCAAGGGAGUGAAAAGAAAACCAAGGAGAUUAAAGAUACGGAAACCCCUGAAUGGAACGAGACAUUGGAAUUUGACCUGAAAGGUGUUCCUCUUGCACCCAAUGAUGAAAUAGUUGUUACAGUGAAAGAUUAUGAAAAGAUUGGGCGCAAUAAGUUUGUUGGCAGUGUUGUAGUACCAUUGCAAAAUUUGAUUAAUGCCAGGACUCAGGAACUGAAUGUUACACUCAAAGAUUCUCAAAAUAGUCCUACAACUGGUACUGUGAGAUUAAAGUUGGAUUAUAUAGCACCAGCUUCUACUACUUCGGGAGGUGGUGGUGGUGGUGGUGGUGGAGGUGCGUCUGGUGUUGUUGUUACAACUGAUGGUGAUGAUGAGGAUGAGGAUGAAGAUGAUGAGGAGCCAGCAGCUCCAGUUCAGGUUGUUGACCCUGUUACUGGAAAUGUCACAGUUGUCAAACCACCCAAGAAAAAAAAGAGGAGAUCUAAAAGGCAAAAUCUAUCAACAAAGAAACAAGAUUUCCAGAUUCGUGUGAAAGUCUUGGAAGCCCGCCAGUUGAUGGGAUCCAACAUCCAACCACUGGCUAGGGUUAAAGUCUACAAUCAAACAAAACAGACUCGUGUAAAGAAAUCAACCAAUUCUCCCUUCUGGAAUGAAUCAUUCUUUUUCAACUUCAAUAUGUCGCCUUCAGAAUUAUUUGACGAGCUUAUUGAAUUCCAGGUGUUCAACUCGAGGAAGUUACGAUCUGACUCACUCAUAGGUUCUUUUAAGAUGGAUAUUGGAAUGGUCUAUGAUGAACCUACACAUGCAUUUAUUGGGAAAUGGCUUCUUCUUAGUGACCCAGAUGACACAUUGGCUGGUUGUAAAGGUUACCUCAAAAUAUGUGCAAUUGUUCUUGGGCCUGGUGAUGAAUCACCUAUGAAAACUUUAGAGUCUAUUAAAGCAUCAUCUCAGAAUGAGGCUGAAGACAUUGAAGCCAACCUUCUUCGACCAGCUGGAGUCAGCUUACGACCUGCUACUUUUACAGUAAGAUUAUACAGAGCAGAAGAUAUUCCCAAAAUGGAUUCUGACUUUAUUGAAGGAGUGAAGAAAGUGAUAGGCUUUGGAGAUGACAAGAAAGAGUUUGUUGAUCCUUAUUUCAUCUUCUCAUUUGCUGGGAAAGAGGUACGUUCAAAAACAUUGUACUCUAAUGAUCAUCCAGAAUGGAAUCAGGAUUUGUCCCUUGGUCUGCAGUUUCCUUCCAUGUGUGAGAGAUUAAAAUUCAUCAUCAAGGAUUGGGACCGUUUGAAUGAAGAUGACACAGUUGGAACCCAUUUUCUGCCUAUAUCUCUGAUUUCUUCACCAGGCGAUGCUGGUACUUACCCAGGAUUUCUUCCAACAUUUGGGCCAUGCUUUGUAAAUUUCUAUGGUUCCACAAGGGAAUAUUCUGAUUUGCCUGAUGAAUUUGAUGAUCUGAACAUUGGAAAAGGAGAAGGUGUUGCCUAUCGAGGUAGGGCUCUGUUGGAAUUGAAAACUGUUCUUGGAGAAUUACCAGAACUUGCUCUAACAGAUAUACCAAAUGAUGACCUCUUGAAAGUGCAGAAAUUCAUGCGCCGAAGGAAUUAUAAACUUCAUGCUGCCUUCCUCAAUGCAACAAUGGUUAGCUGCAUUGAUGCACCAAUUGAAUUUGAAGUCAGCAUUGGUAACUAUGGUAACAAGCUGGACGUGAGUGUUGAUCCAUGUGCUUCAACAACCCAACCUACAAAUGCUGUUUUUGAUGGAUGUUAUUACCAUUUCUUACCAUGGGCAUCAACUAAACCAUGCACGGUGGUGGAUAGUGCAUGGGAAGAUAUCAGCUUCAGACUUGAAUCUCUCAAUCUUUUCCUCAGAAUCAUUGACUUACUUGAAUCUAAUUUGGAAAGAAUUCGUAUCAGCAUGCGGACAAAACUGCCUCUUCCAGAGUUAGCUCAACUUGUGAUAUCAUUACUGAAAGAACUGAUUGAAGAUUUAAAGAAACCUUUGUCACUACCCCAGUCUGGGUAUCACAUGGAGAAUGAACUGGACAAAAACAUAAGAGCCUUCAGGGAGAUUGAAUUGAAAGAUAUAACUGAAAAUGCUGAACGUGUAAUGAACAAUGCAACAGAUAUCAAUGAGGCACUCUCUGAGAUUGAGAGUAUCUUGGAGAGAUUAAAAGGUUUAGCUAUUGAGCCACAAAACAGCAUGCCUGAUGUCAUCAUUUGGAUGAUCAGUGGAGAGAAAAGGAUUGCUUAUUUCAGAAUUCCUGCUUACGAGUUGCUUUAUUCUGAUAACCCUAAUUACAUUGGCCGCCAGUGUGGUAAAGUACAGUCUAUCCAACUGAGAUAUCCUGGGCUGAAAGCACAGAAAGAAAAAUAUAACAUACCUGCUUUGAUCCGUGUGAAACUGUGGCUUGGUCUUUCAAAACAGGAAAAGGAGUGGCAUAAUAUCCAAACUGAAGGCGAACUUGCUGUUUUUGCUGAAACUUAUGAAAAUCAAGUCAGCAUCCUUGGGUCCUGGACUGAUAAAAGCCCAACCAUGACUAGACCAAAAUUUUCAGAUAUUCAAGGAAAAUUAAAUCUGAAGAAGGAAUAUUUCACCCCCCCAAACGGAUGGCAAUGGGAUGGUGACUGGUACAUUAGCCAGGAACUCAGCCUCAUGUUUGAUAAAGAUGCUGGUCACCGCAACUAUCUAGAAGAGGUUUAUGAAAACCAAUACAGACUUCCUCGGGGUACUUGGGGACCAAUGAAACAAGCAUGGAGUGAUGUGAAAGGAGAUGUUAUGCCAUCUAAAGAUGAAACCAAACUCCCAGAAGGAUGGAAAUGGGAUGACGACUGGAAAAUUGAUUUAAGCAGAGCUGUAGAUGAAGAGGGCUUUGAAUACUGUGUUGAGGCUACAAUGGGAGGUUAUGGUCCUGUUCAGAAAAACUAUCAUCUCUGCAGACGUCGUCGCUGGGUCAGAUCAAGAAAAUUAGUGGUUGAUGAAAAGGCAAAGCAAAAAAAGGAAAAACUUGAAAAACAAGCAGCUGAAGGUUGGGAAUAUGCCCCAUUGUUCAGCAUGAAGUUCCAUGCCAAGGAACGUAAGAUGGAUCUUGUCAGACGCAGAAGAUGGCAUAGAAAAAUGAUAUCAAAAGGAAUUGGUGGAGCAUGUUUCUUUAGAGUAGCUGAGGAUGACUCUGACAAAGAAGUUGGUAUGAUAUCACCACGAAUGUUUCUUACAUUUGGGGAACCUCAAAUUUAUCAGCUUCGAGCUUACUUGUACCAAGCUAGAGAUCUUGCAGCUGCUGAUGAUUCUGGUCUUUCAGAUCCUUUUGCAAGAGUAUCAUUCCUUAAACAAAGUAUGGUCACUGAACCAUUUAAGAAAUCACUUUGUCCAACCUGGGACCAGACCUUGAUCUUUGAGCAAUUAGAAAUCUAUGGUAAUCCUCAGAAUCUAGAAAUGCAACCUCCAGAUAUCUUUAUGGAGAUUUUUGACCAUGACAUGUUUGGCAAACCUGAAUUUCUUGGCCGAUCUAAAGCUAGCCCAAUGGUAAAGCUUGAUCCUGCUGAUGCUCGAAACCCAGUUUUACAAUGGUACCCUGUUUAUAAGAAUGAGGUUGCAAAAGGAGAAAUUCUAGCUGCCUUUGAAUUGUUCUUGAUAACACCUGGUAAAGAUCUUCCAUUCCUACCACCAAAACGUGGAGAAUUAUACCAAGUUCCCAAUGGUAUUAGACCAGUUCUACAAAGAACUGGAAUUGAGUUUUUGGUAUGGGGUGUGCGCAACAUGAAGAGAUUCCAGCUGUUAGAAGUAAAUUCCCCUAGUAUUGAAUUUGAAAUUGGUGGAAACACUGUUAGCUCAACUGUCAUCAAAAAUACCAAGAAGAAUCCCAAUUUCAUUGAGCCUUCACUUUUCCUUUCUGUGAUGCUGCCAAAAGAAGAGCACUACAUGCCUCCACUGAACAUUCGUGUUAAAGACCAUCGUCAGUUUGGUCGCAAACCAACAGUUGGCGUUUACACCAUCAAAAGCUUAGAAAAAUUCCGUCAUGUUGAAAUUGAACCACCUCCAGAACAAUCUACUACAGGAGAAACACCUGGCAAUGGCCCACCUGCUGAAAUGGCUAUUGAUAUGCCAACUGAUGAGAUGCCACAAGGCAAAAAGUCCAAACUGAGCAAGUUCGAACAAAUUUUUGUCCAAGCAAAAUCUGCCUUCCCCCACAUCAAACUAAAGAAUCGGAGUGAAGGCAGUGAAGCAGGUGGUGUUUUUAACAAGGUUAUGUCAUUCCCACAGAUGGAUUUACCCUCAUUUUCUUUUAAGUCGGAUAAAGAAGAAGAGGAGAAAACAGAUUUGUUAGAUCUUGAAAUUGACUGGUGGUCUAAGUAUUAUGCUUCUAUUGGGGACAGUGGAAAGUGCAAGAAAUACAUUGAAAAAGGAUAUGACAAGCUUGUUGUUUAUAAUGAUGAACUUGAAAAUUGUGAAAGCUUUUCAGAGUUCUCAGAUUUCUGCCAUUCAUUCACAAUGCUUCGAGGAAAGGACACUGAAGAUUCUGAAUCCAAUACUAUUGGUGAACUGAAGUGUUCAUUCAAAGUGUAUCCAUUACCAGCAGACCCUUCAGAACCAAUGCCUGACAGAGUGAUUCAAGGGCUUCCACCCAGUGAUCCACAAGUGUGUAUUGUAAGGGUCUAUGUCGUUAAGGGUAUAGAUUUACAACCAAAUGAUCCCAGUGGAUUGGCUGAUCCUUAUGUCAAGAUAAAACUUGGGAAGCACAAAGUUGACAGCAAAUCAGAAUACAUACCAAACACUAUUAACCCUUGUUUUGGCAAAAUGUUUGAAUUGAAGACUGUCAUUCCUCUGCACAAAGAUCUUACCAUUGGAGUCUAUGAUCGAGAUUUACUAAGUUCUGAUGAUUUGAUUGGAGAAACUACAAUUGACCUUGAAAAUCGAUUCCUUACAAAAUUCCGUGCUACUUGUGGACUGCCAAAAAGUUAUUGCAUUUCUGGUGUGAACAAAUGGAGAGAUAGUGUUACCCCUAAAGAUCUGCUAACUUCUUACUGUGAACGCACCGUUCUUGGUGUACCAAUGUUUUAUGGCAGUAACUCUGUAAAAGUUGGCAAUGUAGUUUAUAAUUUGACUGAUUUUGAGCCCUCUGUAGUUACAGAUGAUAACUUGGGUCCAGCACAGGAACGUUUAGCAUUGCAUGUUCUGAACAAAUUUCCUCUAGUAAAGGAACACAUUGAAACCAGAUCUUUGUAUAACCCGCUACAACCUGGUAUUGAACAGGGGCAACUUCAAAUGUGGGUGGAUCUGUUUCCUGAAAGCUUGGGCCCUCCUGGAGAUCCUUUCAAUAUUGCAUCACGAAAGCCCCUCAAGUAUGUAUUGCGUUGCAUCAUCUGGAAUACUGUUGAUGUUGUACUUGACGAAGAAUCAAUCACUGGUGAAAAGAUGAGUGAUAUCUAUGUUGUUGGAUGGAUGGAUGGUAUUAACGAGAAGCUAGAAACAGAUGUACAUUACAGGUCUCUGAAUGGUGAAGGUAACUUUAACUGGAGGUUUGUGUUCCCAUUUGAUUACUUACCAGCUGAACAGAAUAUGGUUGUCAAAAAGAAGGAACAUUUUUGGAGUUUGGAUGAAACUGAAUUAAACAUUGCACCCAAUUUUAUGCUACAAAUUUGGGACAAUGAUACAUUCUCUGCAGAUGACUUUUUAGGUGUGUUGGAGUUAAAUCUCAAUUCCAUGCCUACUCCUACCAAGAAAGCCUCCCAGUGCAAUCUUAAACAAAUAUCAUCUGCAGGAGGCCCUCCUGUGAAAACAUUUUCACUAUUUGAACAACGAAGGAUCCGUGGCUUUUGGCCAUGCUACAGUGAAGAUAAGGAAGGCAGGCAGUUAACUGGUAAACUUGAAAUGGAAUUAGAACUGCUCACAGAGGAUGAAGCUACACAGCGGCCUGCUGGUACUGGCAGAGAAGAUCCAAAUGAAAACCCUCAUUUAGAGCCCCCAAACCGACCUGAUACGUCAUUCAUGUGGUUUACCUCUCCUUGGAAAACAUUUAAAUAUAUCUUCUGGAGAAAUUACAAAUGGAAAUUGCUCUUUGCAUUAAUAAUUAUCAUCGUGAUCUUGCUAAUCGUAUUGUUUGUUUACUCCUUCCCAGAAGCAUUUUCAAGAAAGAUUGUUGGAGCUUAAAACCAGCCAAAAUCUCCCUUUAUAUGAGAUUUUAUAUGUUUAUUUACUUUGCUAUUUUUUACAUAGGCCAAUUACUAACCUAAACGAAUGUUUAAAAUAAUAGUUUUCAUUAGCUUAUAUUUUUUCUCAAAGGCAUCUAUUAUUAACAGCUUUUUUAUAGUAUUUUCUUAUGUAAAAAAUAAUUAAGGAAUCACUGUUUUUCUCACAUGUGUAUGUGUGAGAUAUAUAUAAUGAUUAGUUCCUUGCUGAAAAUUGAUUUGUAAUAAGGAAUUAAUAUGAUGAUACUUUUUAGUAGGAAUAUAUGGGGAAAUAUUAAUGUAUUAACAUAAUGUUAAUGUAUUAACAUUAAAUCAUUUUAAGUUUGCAAUGACUUACCUAUUCCAAGGUUACUCAAACGGUGUUCUUGUCAAAAUUCAAGAUAAACAAUAAUGAAAAUCAUGGAAUAAUAGAAAUUAGUAAAAUAUAAUUAACAAAAUAUUGAUAUUCAAAUUCUUUUUGCAUAUUAGUCAGCUGAUUAUAUUCCCUUCUGCUUAUAAAAAUAAAUUUUUAAAAAUGGACUUUUGUGCCUUAAAAAAUACCAAAUGUUGGGGGGAAAAAAUAAUUGAUUGAAAUAAUGUAUCAAUUACUGGAAUAUUUGCUUGGUUCCAUUAAGUUUAGAAAGCCUCUUGAAUGUUAUAAAAAUAAAGCAGAAAUAUUUUGUCAUACAUUUUAGUUGGCUUGAUAUUCUUACUUGACAAGGGUUGUGAAAUCAAUGCCAUUUCUAGGGAUCCUCGCUCGUACAACAAAUAUGAAAUCAGUUUUAGUCAUAAUAAUAAUAAUAGAACAACAGUUUUACGAAGUGCAAAACAUUUAACCUGAAUUUUUUUCUUUUUUUUUAUAUAAUCAACCUUAGGUUUUAAAUAUCUAUAUACUAUGACUUUAAGGUUCAAAUAAAAUCUCAAUACAUAUAAUGCAGUGCCCCCACCCCACCUCUUUAUGUUAUUUUCCUCUGUUAUGUGAGACAUAUUAACCAUUUGCUAACAUCAUCUUUAGAUUAUAUUUUCCGUAAUCAGAAGGUCACAGUUUUCAUUACUCUCUAACAUAACUCUUUACAUGAAUUUAUUUUGUUUUUGAUAAAUUGUUAUGUGUAUACAAAAGAAACAUUAUUUUUCUCAUGUUGUCACUUGUAUAAACUCAAGUUUGUUCUUGUUAACUGAUAUUUUCAAUAAACUACAACAUAUCGAAAAAUAAAAGGU